AUGAAUGGUCGACCGUUGACUUACGUCUCAGAUGAUCCAGAUGAUUUGGUUCCGUUGACUCCAGCAGCAUUUUUGUGUGAUAUCGAACAAUCAGAGUUUCCGGAGAUUGAGGUAAUAACUGGAAGCCGCCUACGUGAAAAGCUAAGACAUUUAGGGCAGUUGAAGAAAGAACUCCGAGAUCGUUUUCGAAGCGAGUACUUAGGACAAUUGGUACAACGAACGAAUCCACAAGACAAUUAUGCGUUCCAAUUGGGUGAAGUCGUCCUCAUCGCUAGCGAAGACAAAAAGCGGCUUGAAUGGCCAAUGGCACGCAUUACCGAAUUGAUUGAAGGCACAGAUGGCAAAAUCCGGGUGGCGAAGGUCAAAACUAUGAAUGGAGAACUGACAAGAGCUUUGCAACGACUGAUUCCAAUGGAAGUUGGUAACGAUUCCACUAUUCAAGUGGAUAGCGAAGUCAGAACACGAGCCAAAGAAGUGAAGACACCAGAGAUACCGGAACCAACUGUUAAAAAUCGGAUGAGAGUAAAGAAGAAAUGUGUUGCUGUCGAUCAGGAGGUCAUGGAAGAAAACUUGGAUAAGAAAUCGGACAAGGUCACGCGGUUUGGUCGAAAAGUAAAAGCUCCGAUUCGAUUUACUUAA